GUUUGUUGUCGGUUUUGGGUUAACGGUAGACACAGAUUUGUUUGAUGAAUGCCAAGAAAACUUCACUCAAGUGUCACUAAAUUAUGUCCAACACAUUAUGUGUAGUUUACUACGAAACUCAUCUCAACAUCAAGAAAGGACAAUAAACGUUUGCUCUCGCUGUUUGGCUGGAGAAGUUGGGAUAGGUAACGACUUGGCUGCAUGACAUUCAGUAAGGAAAGAGAGAGAGAGACUGAAAAGUUGAAGACUAUGCACAAACCAAAAGCACAGUGUGGAAAGCAGGGUGUGUCUGCAAAAGGCUUGAUGAGAAAUACACCAGUUCGUAAGGUCACCUACAGAGUGGGAUACAUGUGGAACCGAGGUGGACGACUCAAAGAGCUCAGGAUACGGCACCUUGCACGGAAAUUCCUUCGUCUCUGGGUUCAGAAGACAUUUGGACGAAUCACUCCAUCACAGGCCAGGUCUCACCACACUAAGGUUGUCCUGAGGAAGGUUCUUUGGGCCUGGAAAGAUGACUGGUGGCAUGCCAGAAGAGAGUGGGCACUGACCAUUAGAGCAGACUGUCACUAUAAGUAUGUCCUCUACAGUAAAGUGUACCAAGCCUGGUGUCAAUAUUUGUCUAUUAAGAAAGAAGAAAAAAAAAAGAUGCAGAUCGCAUUAGUCUUUGCAAAGCGGCAUCAGCUGCGUGUUGUGUGGGAAGGCUGGGAGCUAUAUGUGGAAAUGAGACGAUUAAAACACAGGAUGUGUGACACAGCCCUAAAACACCACAGACACACUGCUAUGGGUUGGGUGUGGACUGUCUGGCAAACUGCACUAGAGCAACGCAAAACCGAGCAUCUCCAUGAAGACCUGGCGGCACAACAGUGGGCUAUGUCUGUACAGAGCAGAGCAUGGCUUCAAUGGAAAAAGAAGUAUACAGAAACAUGUAUCUUAAGAGAGAAAGAAGCCGGAGCCUGUCUUCAGUACUGCCAGCAAAUCCAGAAUCGUGUACUACAAGGCUGGAUUACAUACACUCAACACAGGAAAGAAAAAAAAUAUGCAAAAGCUGUGGCUAGCAGUGUAUGGCGUUGCUCUGUCUUAAGGAUGUACUGGUGUACGUGGCACAGAGCUUUGCAAAACAAACAGACUGACAGAGUUAAAGAGCAGAUUGCAGAGCGUCUAGCACUUCAUAUCAUUCAACGGCGGGCAUUUUCACACUGGAGAGAUUAUGUGCACAUUUGCUCUGUAAAGGCCAGGACAGAACAGACUGCCAUUCAACAUCGACACCUUCACCUGCUGCAUGUAGGGUUUAAAGGCUUGGCCUUAAAUGCCACUCGCUGUAAAACUCAUCGGUUCAACAAGAACAUUAGUGCGAAGCAUCAUCAGCACACUAUGAUGGUGAAAUAUUGGAAGCGUUGGCAACUGCGCUUGGAGCAGAUUAAGGAAAUACAGAUUCAACCCAAAAUAACUGUAGCAGUGAACUAUCACAGAAUUGCAGUGCUAAGAAGAUAUAUUCAGAGAUGGAGGGAGCACUGCAAAGAGCACAGACACAUGCAGGAUUUAGAGUUGCGGGCUGACUCUUGGUUUGCAAGCCGGAUCCUUCCAAAAUGUCUGAAAUCCUGGACGGAAUUUACUAUAGAAAGAAUAAAGCGCAAAGAGAGGGGAGAAAUAGCUGAGCAGCAUCAUCAGCAGCAGAUAUACAGCUGGGCUUUUUAUAUCUGGUGGGAACGCUUGGUUCAACAGAGAGACCAGAGGUUGGCGGAGAGAAUGGCUGUGCUACAUGCAGAAAGAGUGUGUGUGUCCCGUGCCUGGUCUAAAUGGCUGUCGAAGAUGUUUCAGCAGAGAGAGGACAGACUCAAGCAAACAAAAGCUGUAACCCUUUACAGACAGACUCUUCUGCACAAAACUCUGAGACAGUGGGGACACAAUGUCAGCAACAUCCAGAGGAGUCAGAGACAUUUUGAGCAGGCAGUCGUCCAUGACAGGCACCUGUCUAUGAGGCGAGCUCUGAUCGGCUGGUGCGAGUAUGUAGCACGCAGAAGAGAGAAGAACAGGCGAUUGAUGCAAAUCGAUCAGCACUAUGAAGGAAGACUGCUAAAGCACAAGUUUGAGGCAUGGAAGCAACACCAAUCACAGAUCCAGCAGAUCAACCUAAUUGUAGAACAGCGUUACCAGCGACAUCAAAAACAUCUGCUCAGAAGGAUGCUGUGUGUGUGGAGGACCAACAUACGUCUGUCAGUGGAGGAAAGGGAGAAAGAGACACAAGCAAAGUGUCAUCAUAACCACAGCUUACUAUCAAAGGUGUUUUUAGCAUGGCAUCAGAGAUCAGCAUACAAAACGUUUUAUCAUCACCAGCAGGAGGAAGCACUGAGAGAAGCUCAACUUCACCUCGACAGAGUUCGGACACGUGCAGUUCUGAGGAGGUGGAGAAAGAAACACUGUGAGGCAAGAGAAGAAAGGCUGUCUGGGGAGAAAGCCUGCAAAUAUUACCGACAUAUCCUGCUCACAAAAAGUCUCACGGCCUGGAUCUUGAAUAAUAAGCAGCAGAAACUCUAUCAGGUCAUGAAAAACAGAAGCAAUGAGCUACACAAAUUAAGAACAUGUCAGCGUUUUUUUAUCCUCUGGAAAGCACAGCUACAGAGCAGAAGAAAAGAAGCAGAGCUGACAGAGAUGGCCCUUUGGCACUGGUCCCUAAACCUGCAAGCCAAGGUGCUCUAUGCCUGGAGAUACUGGGUUGCUGAGCGUCAAAGGAAAGAGAGGCGUCUUGCAGCAGCAGCUCAAUUCUACAGAGAUGAACUGCUGCAAGAAGGCAUAACCCACAUCCUUACAUAUGCGGCACAUAUGAAGGCAUUUUCUACAACAAUGGCACUUCACAGCUGUGAACAGAGUUCACGGCAGCUGCAGGCAGUGGUAAGACGAUGUGCCUUGCGAUGGAAGCAGCGGGCAUUAUGCAAGCCUUCGAAAGUGGUAGAGGCAAAUAAAGAUGAUACGCCCCCUAAAACGAACAAGAGUGUAUCCUUUUUCUUACCUGAAGGCCAUAACCAAAGCCAUACCUGCCAACCAAUCAGGAUCCCAACUUCAGAGCGUACAGCAGGAGAUUCCACUGUAAGCAAACUGCUGCUGGUCCGAGCAUCUAGACUGCAGCCACGAAGGCCUGAUGACUUAUUAUACUCUCCAGCCAAGGACCUGCUGCGGCACCCAGAGCCUAGAAGACACAGUCACUCAGACAAUCAUCACAAAGCAACACACCCUACAAGUGAUCAGCUGCAGAAUGCAGGUCAAACUGAUGCUAGACCCUCAUCAUCUGCUCCAGUGGCUUGUCCAUCCCACUCUGUUUCACUUCCGUUCACCCAGCCUCAGCCCCCUGGACUGUUUCUGUCCACUUCACAACAGCCUCCUGUUCUGAACAUUAAGCCUCCAAUCAUGGCCUUCAGGUCUGCUUUAACAGAAAACUCCACUCGUGCUGAGAACCAGGAGGUGCUGCUGCCUCCUUCUUCAUUUACUGCAUCUACAUCUCUGUGCAAGCAGACAAGAUUCAGACACAAGGAUCCCUCACUCCUCUCCCCUCAAGAUUUUAUCCACUCUAACCUGCCUGGCCAAACAGGGGUGUGUGAAAGUGCUUUUGUGGAUGCGGAAGCCGACGACAAUGAAGAGACCACACUCCUGCAGACAAGCAGUGAUCCUACUGAAGCUCUGAACAGGGAACUACAUAAUAUUAGACUUGACCUGCAAAGAUAUCAGCAAGACAAAACUCAGCUACAGACAUGGCGCAAACUUCAAAAGAUUAUGAGAAAUUGGCUUCAGACAACAGGCAGUGAUGCAGAUACUGAAGAAAGAGAGAGCAUUCUACAAGAAGUAAAUGAGCUAGAGAUACGUAUUUCUUCACUGUCUAAGAAAAUAGCUGAACGAAAACCCAUCAUGAUCUGCCAUGCUGCAAGAGUCAGCAGCAUAGAAAGCCAGCUGCUGAGAGCCAAUGUGAAAAUAUAGAUAUCAUGCAUUCUGUUAUCUUUGUUCCCCCUUUUGUGUAGAUUACUAAUUUCUUGUAAUCUGUUGUUAUUUACUUUUAUAUUUAUGUCAAAUUAAGUUCUGUUAACCGACAAAACUCAGGAAACGCAGUAGUAUAUUUUGUCAAAGUAUACUGUAGGUAUAGCAGCAACUUAAGAUAUUAUACUACAUAUACUAUAAUAGUAUUUAUUUGUAAAAGAAACUUUUAUAUUUAAUAGAUGUAAUUAUAUGUAAAUAAAUCGUUUUUUGGGUAUAUUGUCUUACCUUUAUGUUUGACCAACUCAUGGAUGCACUGUAGGUCACUAUUUUUGCAGUUCUUCCCAUUAAAAAGAAUCCUCGGAUAGUAGGCACAUGUUCUGGAAAAGCUGGAGGCAAGAUGUCGGUGACACCCUAUGAUUCCUUCCACAUGCGCUCAGAGCCUAAAAUACCAUUCCCUCUGAAAGCACGCAUCUCUUUUGCUUUCAGUGGUUGAGUAGUAGAUACGUAUAAAUUAAAAAAUAAGGGCUGUCCAUGUGUGUGUUUUGCAAAUCUGUAUCGGUAUCAGUGUUAGUGUGUAUUGACACUGUUUGCCGGUUUGUUUGAGUGACAUAGAUAAAAACAGGAUAAAUGUUGUUGCAUAACACUUAUUUUCUCAGUUCUUAUAUGUAUGUACAUUGAUUUAGCAAAGAACUCAAAUAUAUGCUUUAUAGUGCUAUUUGUUAUUAAAUUGUUAGAUAAGCAAAGAAUGAAAAAACAACUGGGCAUAAUGUUAAAUGAUGUGGUAAAAGUGUCUUAUUCCUCUUAUAAACCAGCAGUCAUAUUUAAUUUUUAAUUGCAAUGUAAUGUUGCAAUGCUGUCUACUGUAGUUAAUAUGUUAGUUUCUUUGUUAUGACUUUACCAGCCUUUUUCCUUAGGAGACUCUUAAUAAUACAUAUGAAUUGACACAUUAGAUGAUAAUGAACAUAAAUCAUAACAAAUCAAAACAACAAUACGUCACAGCUCGUCAUGUUGCUAAUAAACCUGAAGGCACAAAGUCAUCUUUCCUGCAUAGUGUCUUCCUUUGUCAGGAAACUUACUGACUUUUUCCAAGCAUAGAUGCCAGAGACACUUUCCCUUAAUCAUAAAAUUUAAAAAAAGUUAACAUUUCACAUGUACUGUUAAAUAUGAACACAUUUGUAAACAGAUUGUUAGACUCCGAUUAAGUUAAUGUGUAAAUUGUUUUUAUAGAAAUGCUAAAAUAUUUGAAGAAGAAUGUUAAUAUACACCAGUUGUUUACCUUGGAACCAGAACAAUUGUCUAAGCGGCAGCUAUAGCAAACCUUCUGGCCAAGCUGAUAAAAAAAAUUAACAAUGCUACUAUAUGGUAUGGUACUGUAUAUAUUUUUUAUGAAUCAUGCUUUAUUUCUUUAUUUUAUUAUAAG